CGUUGUUUUUGUGUAUGAUGUGGAUAAUAGAAUUGGCUGUUCUGCGUGUUGAUUUCUCUUUGUUUUGUUGAUGGUUCAUGAAUAUUGCUUGUAUAACAUAUCUGUCAAGACUUGUUACAACGCUGAUGUUGUGCGUGUGAUAUGAAUAAGCCCAUUUAAUGAUACGACUGCUGUCCUCUUUUGUGUGCUUUCUUGGCCUUGUGCUCCAUCAAACGUCAGUGACGCCUUUUCGUUUCUCGACAUUGGCUUUUGCUUCUUCCAUUGCCUUGAGCUUCGCGUUUUGUGUCACGGACUUGGUUUUGCUGAUUACUGUAUAUUUUUCUAAACUAAUACUAACACUACUUUUUUUUUCUGUUCUCUUUUUUUUUUUUUUUUUUCGAUUUCUUGCUUUUUUGGGGGGCCAUCAUUACAUAGAAAAUAACUUACUAGCAAUCUGUCAGACAAAGAAUAGGUGUAAAUUUUGGCGGAUCUUGAUUUGUGGAAAGAGGCCUUCACUAAUAAAGAAGAUAGAGUAAAAUCACAGUGAGCACAAGUGUUCACAAAAGUAAUGAGCAUAAAGUGCGUUGAUUUUCCUUACCACGAAACUACUAUACGUGCUUGUUCUCCUUUUUGAUUUGCACUAUCAUUCACG